AUGACCUUUUUAGUGACACUAUUUUAUGUACAGUAUUAUGGUAGUUGGACUACGACGCAAACAGAUAUUGUCAAUACAUUCAUUUCGACAAUUGGAAGUACAUCAUGGUUCAACAUCCAAAAGAGCUACUACUAUCAAGAUACACCCACAAGUUCCAAGGUAAACACAACAGGUCCACUUACUCUCGGAAGUACAACGACAGAUAACUACAGUUAUGGAUCUCAACUUACUGGUUCAAAUAUACCACGUAUAAUUCACAAUCGUAUUAAGAGUGGGGAACUGGAAAAUGAUCUACAGGGUAUUUACUUGUUGCUUAGUUCUUCAGAUGUGAAAGAAAACUAUUCAAGCAAUGCAUCUUUCUGUACCAACUAUUGUGGAUAUCAUUCGGCAUUCUCUGUUGAAAGUUCAACAUAUAUCUAUGGAUUUAUAGGAAAUCCGCAAGAGUCCAUUGGUAGUUGUAGUGUGUACAACCAUCUUGUUUCACCUAAUGGUGAUGUCGGUGUCGACGCCAUGUUGAGUCCCAUGGCACAUGAAAUAGUAGAAGCAAUGUCCGAUCCAUUGUUAGAUGCAUGGUUAGAUUCGAAAGGUAGUGAAAAUGCGGAUAAAUGGUAA